AUGGCACCCGGCGAGUCGAAAGACGAACGCGACGAACGAGUUGCCAAACUCUGGGAAUCCCUGGAUACUCGACGCGAAGGCCAUAUCGACCUGGCAGGACUCAAGAAGGGUCUUAAGAAGAUCGACCACCCUUUGAAAAAUGCAGAUGACAUGGUCCGCAACGUCGUGCGGGAAGUCGACACCAAUGGCGAUGGCCGUAUAGACCAAGCUGAAUUCCGAGCGUUUGUCGACCAUACAGAGGACGGUCUAUGGCAGAUGUUCCAGAGGAUCGAUCGGAAUCACAACGGAGAAAUCGACAAGAGCGAAUUAAAAAACGCUUUUGCUCAGUCUGGAGUCACGGUAUCGAGCGCCAAACUAGAUCGAUUUUUCGCGGAGGUCGACAAAAACAAUGACGGGGUCAUCUCAUACACAGAAUGGAGGGACUUUCUUCUUUUCCUACCUCUACAUUCCCCGGCCGACCUACACGCAGUCCUGUCAUACUACACGGCCACGGGCAAUCUAAACCCGGAAGGAGAUGUCCACAUCAAUGACCUGCAGGGUUUAGGUACAGACCACCCGUUUCUUACCUCUUAUAUUCUGGCCAUCCAAUCCCUUUUGUACAAUAUUCUCUCCCUACCCGCCUUGGCCGCUCUCCUUCCUUCAGUGUAUGCGCAAUCCACUCAAAGCUUAAAUUUGGGACCUGUUCCCGAUGAUGACUUUGCCUCGAUAGAGGGAGACUUUGAGUUGGAGUGGUUGCCCAUCCCCAAGACUACCGCAAUGUGGAUGUCUCUGCGAUAUUAUGAACGGAAGUUGACCGAAAAUACCCCUCAAUUAGGCUACUUCAUUGCAGGUGGAAUCGCGGGCGCUGUCUCAAGGACAGCGACCGCUCCCCUUGACCGUCUCAAAGUCUAUCUCAUUGCUCAGACCGGCGUCAAAGAAACAACCCUUCGAGCGGCGAAGGAGGGAGCCCCACUGGUCGCGGCAGGAAAUGCUUCCAGAACACUGCUCGAUGCUUUACAGGUAUUAUGGCGAGCCGGAGGAAUCCGCAGUCUGUUCGCAGGAAAUGGCUUGAACGUUGUGAAGGUCAUGCCAGAGUCUGCAAUCAAGUUUGGCGCCUAUGAGUCUGCGAAACGAGCAUUUGCUCGACUUGAAGGGCACAACGAUACCAAGCGACUCCUACCAACGUCACAAUUCAUGUCCGGUGGUUUCGGAGGAAUGGUGGCACAAUGCUUUGUAUAUCCCCUUGAUACCCUCAAAUUUCGCAUGCAGUGUGAAACUGUAAAGGGUGGCCCAAAGGGAAACCAGCUCAUUGCCGCCACAGCGAAAAAAGUCUGGAACAAGAACGGCCUAUUUGGCUUUUUCCGAGGACUUCCUCUUGGCCUUGUCGGAAUGUUCCCUUACGCCGCAAUCGACUUGUCGACGUUUGAGUAUUUGAAAAGAUCACUUAUUGCCAAGAAGGCCCGCGAGCAAGGCUGUCAUGAAGAUGAUGUUCCGCUUGGCAACUUUGCGACAGGUGCAAUCGGCGCCACAAGUGGUGGAUUCAGCGCAUCGAUCGUCUAUCCCCUCAAUGUCCUACGCACCCGACUGCAAACCCAGGGUACGGUCAUGCAUCCGCCUACAUACAACGGCAUCGGCGACGUUCUACGCAGCACCCUCGCAUCUGAAGGACCCCGCGGUCUCUACAAGGGUCUCACACCCAAUCUUCUGAAGGUGGCACCGGCCAUGUCGAUCAGUUACGUGGUCUACGAAAAUGCGAAACGUACGCUCGGCUUGAGAUGA